GCAUCCUACACAGUGUUUAAACACAGGUCUCCUCUUAUCAUAAAGCUGACACAGGACAAAAUGGACUGGUUAUUGAAACUCACUAAGCCUCCCACUCCAAGUUCAUUGAUGGAAACAGACUGGCGAGCCAUUAAGUGGGGUGAGGAAAAAACAAUGAAGUCAAAACUGAAAGGAAUGAGAGUGAGAAACCCAGAGGUCCCGAGUCUGCGUAUCCUGGUCCAUGGUCCAGUGGGAGCAGGGAAGUCCAGCUUCAUCACUUCCAUAGACUCCAUCUUCCAGGAGCGCAUGACAAGUGCAGCCAUUCCUGAAACACUCAGUGAUCGCAGUUUUACAAAGAUAUUCAAAGUCCACAGGAUCAGAGAUGGAGAAACUAGAGAAUUCCUCCCCUUUGUCAUGUGUGACAUCAUGGGUCUAGAAGUGGGGGAUUCUGAUGGGGCGCAUCCUGAUGACCUCAUCAAAGUUUUAAAAGGUCAAAUGAAAGACGGCCAUAAGCUUAACCCUAGAAGCCGUUGUUCAGACACAGAUUUAAUCAGCAGCCCCACUCUGAGUGACAGGAUUCACUGCCUCGUAAGUGUCGUUCCAGCGGACAGGGUCACUCUGAUGGGAGAGGAUGACUUCAAGAAGAUGAAGCAAAUCAGAGAACAGGCUAGUGAAAUGGGAAUCCCUCAGGUUACAAUGCUAACGAAAGUGGAUCAGGCAUGCCCAGAUGUCGGGAAGGACAUCACAAUGAUCUACAAGAGCAAGAAGAUCAAGGAGAAGAUGCAGGACUGCAGCUACAAACUGGGAGUUACUGUGAGCUACAUCUUCCCAGUAAAGAACUACCAUGAGGAGACUGAUCUGGACCCAAAUGUGAACGUGCUUCUACUGUCUGCACUGACACACAUCCUGAAUUUCGCCAACGACCACGUGGAAGAUAAGAUGCCUCCUGGUCCUGCCAACAUGAGGAACAGUAGCUGUGAUAAUCAGCAUUAAGUUACCAGAGCUGUUUUGAUAUCAACAUACACUGUAAUGUCUUAAACUCAACAGCAAAUGUGUGCAAAUUUUAUUCUAUUUCAUUCUCUCAAGAUUUUGUAGUCUGGAUCGGGAGAUGCCAGAAUUCUAUCCCCUGCCUGUGUGUAACCCUGCAGAUUCAUUGUAUAACAGAUAAUAAAUGCUGACAGAUCAA